AAAAGACCAUUUUUAGGAAACACUCACGAACUAUCAAGGAAACUCAUCAAACACACCCUCUCAUAUUCAUCUCUCUUUAUAUAUAUAUCAAACCAAAACCAACUUGUUCACAUUAUAAUUAAUUUUCCAAUAUGGCAAAUCUACAUAGACCUUAUUCCAAAGACAAAGAUAACUACAAAUUUGGUCGUUGUAAAAAACAUCCUAAACAUGUUCAAUCUCCCGGUGUGUGUUCUCUUUGUUUGAAAGAUAAACUUUAUCAAUUAUCUACAUCUUCUAGUUCUAGUUUUCAAAAAACAAACUCUGCUUCUGGUUCUUCUUCGUGUUCUUCGGUUUCAUCGUACGACUCUUCGUCUUCGGUUUCUUCUUGUUCUUCUCCUCCAAUGCAUGAUGAUAGAUCUUUCUCUACUAAGGGAAAGACUAUCUUUUUGUUUCAAAAACAUAAUGGACUUGUGAAGAGUAAGUCGAUGACUGUUGUUCCUAGAAAAAGGAAAGAUAGUGAGAAAAAUGAUUAUAGUAGUAAGAAAAGUGGGUUUUGGUUUAAGUUGUUUCAUCCUAAGAGCAAGAAAAUGGUGGAAGAUAAGAACAUUUUUAAGAUGGUUCGUGCAAGUUCUGUAAGAGAAACGGUGACUGUAGCUAGCUAGCUAACUCAUAGUGUACACUUUGAUCGAUCAACAUUAAUUAUUCUUUUUCUUCUAA